AUGGCUCUCAGCUUCUUCAGCGGUGGCGGGAGCGCCAGCAGCGCCAAGUACUUUGACAUUCGGUUGAACGAUGAUUAUAUCGUUUUUCGUGGCGGUGAACAUGAAGCUGCGAGCGCGCAUCUGCGGGGCACUCUGAUUCUCUGUUUGUCCGAGCCGCUCACCAUCAAACAUAUCCGACUCCAGCUGACGGGCAUGUCCCGUGUUUGCUGGCACCUUCCAUCUAGUGCAGCCGGCGGUGGCCGCAAGUCGUGGCGCGAGCGUGUGUUCUACGAGAAAACCUGGAGAUUCCGGGAGCCGGGUAAGGGAAAAACCGAGGUCCUCCCUGCAGGCAACUAUGAGUACCCUUUUGAUGUGGUACUUGAGGGUUCCAUGCCCGAGAGUGUGGAAGGUCUCGCUGAGACAUGGGUGAUGUACCGCUUCAAGGCCGAGAUCGGCCGCAAGUACGUCAAGGACAUUGUCGCGCGCAAACCGCUCAGAAUCAUCCGGACUCUGGACCCCAGCGCUCUGGAGCUAUCGCAUGCAAUGUCUGUGGACAACAUCUGGCCCAACAAAAUUGAAUACUCCAUUAGUACCCCGACGAAAGCCAUUGUCUUUGGAACCGCCAUCACCGUUGAUUUCAAAUUGAUUCCCCUUCUUAAGGGUCUUCGAAUCGGUCAAAUUACAUCGCAGUUAAUUGAAAGCCAUGACCUUACGCUCAAUCCAGAAGAUCCGGAUGCCAUUCGCAACACAUACAAGACCACAAGAACGAUCUUGACCGACGAGCAUGAGCUGGAUGAGGAUAACAUUGAAAUUAUCGAUGAAGCCGCGGAGGGAUACCAAUGCACGCGUAUCCUAGACAUGCCGCAGACAUUGACCCGCUGCCUGCAGGAUACAGACACCAAGGGGAUCAAAGUCCGCCACAAGUUGAAGUUCCGUAUUCAGCUACACAACCCCGACGGCCACGUCAGCGAGCUCCGAGCUACUCUUCCAGUUUCGAUUUUCAUCUCACCACACAUUGCCAUCGAUGACAACAAUAACCUUCUUGCUCAAACCCCCCAAUCUACCCGGAUCGCCGUUGAUGAAUUUGCGCACCAGGCACCCCCUCUUUACGGCGAGCACACGUUCGAUCAGCUGUAUAGCGAGGUGGACCCCAGCGGAUAUCGCACACCAGGUCCCAGCAGUGGCCCGGGGACGCCCUUCACUCCUCUCAGUCGCAACAUCUCGUCAGAGAACCUGGCCUCCAUGAACGCCCUAACCAACACCAAUAUCUCAGCUUCAGCGCUGCAUCACCGUCUUACGAACCUGAACUCGAGUCCAUUCCACCAUCCUGUUACUCCUGGUACAGUCACUCCUGGCGAGCCAAUCCACGGAUCUCACUCCCCAAUAGACACUCACCACAUUCAUCGCCAAUUGGGUGUCUCCAAUGACUACUUCGGACCAGCUUCCGGAUCAAACUCACACAGCCAUGGCAGUCCAGAACUCUCCCGUCGGCCAUCCGAUGAAGUGGAACCCGAAGUCCUUCCCUCAGGCAUGGCAACUCCCUUUCACCCCCAGUACGAUGAGGUGGAGACUCUUAGUCGGGUUCCCAGCUAUUCGACUGCAGUGCGCUGUGCCGUGCGUCCAUGUGACUCUGGUCUUCCCGAUUACAAUGCCGUGAUUGCUAGUAGCCUUCCCACACUAUCGGUCCCACAAUCUCCCCAGCAGGCUUAUAUCCGCAGCGGCCGCGCAAGCGGCCCUGUAACCCCCAUAGAGGUGCAUAAUCGCCCCGGCUUCGGCUUCUUCCACUCUCACGGCACCCAUGCUGAUGAUGAGGACCGCAGACUUAGACUUGUGCAAGCUCGCGCCAGAGCAUAA